AAUCAUGAUUUCACGAUAAAAUACUCUUACAUGCUUUUACAAUUUUUUAUGUCAAUGCUUUCUAGUUUGUUUCAAAUGGUGAUUUGAUUCAGUCUAAUUUAACAUAACUUAUUAGGAGAUCAAAAUCAAUCCUAGGUUGGCUUGAAUGAUUGGAAAUGAGAGGAUUAGAAUUGCACCAGAAUUUCCUCCGACUAUCUUAUGUAUUGAUUUUGAAUGUCGAUUUCUUUAUUUACAUGGUGUACAACGAAAUUGAAACAAUAAAGAUAAGAAUCUAAACCAAAACAUGCAUCGAUUUAAUCUAAUCUAACACCGUCCAAACAUCUAGUACCUAGAAUUCUAUCCACCAGCCUAACCUUCCAUCGUUCUCGUUUGGAAUCUUGUCCUCCCCCAAUUCACACUCUUCUCUCUCUCUCUCUCUCUCUAUAUUUAUCUCCCUCCUCCAGUUCCUUCAGACACCAUUCCUUCCUCAUCACUGAAAACAUGCCUGAAUCUGAAACUCCCGGCGCCGUUGACUUCGAAGAUUGCCUCGGCGUCCUCAGAGUCUACAAAGACGGCACCGUCUGGCGAUCCUCCGAUGCAUCCCUUUUCUCCACACAGGUCAACGACGACGGCUCCGUGGUAUGGAAAGACACAAUCUUUGACCCCCAAAACGACCUCCACCUCCGCCUCUACAAACCCUCUUCCUCCUCCUCCGCCGCCGCAGCCGCAGCCGCCAAGCUCCCCGUCGUCUACAACAUCCACGGCGGCGGCUUCUGCCUCGGCUCCCGAACCUCUCCCAACUGCCACAACUGCUGCCUCAGGCUGUCAUCAACUCUCCAAGCCGUGGUGGUCUCGCCGGACUACCGGCUGGCGCCGGAGCACCGGCUCCCCGCCGCCGUCGACGACGGCCACGCGGCUCUGAAAUGGCUCCGAGAUCGAGCCGUGGCUGGGGACGACACGUGGCUGAGCGACGUGGCGGAUUUCGGGAAGGUGUUGGUUUGUGGGGAAUCGGCGGGAGGCAACAUUGCUCAUAAUUUGGCGGUCAGGCUCGGAUCCGGGUCGCCGGAAUUGGAUCCCGUUGUGGUUAAGGGCUAUGUUUUGAUGGCCCCGUUUUUUGGAGGCACGGUGAGGACCAAAUCUGAAGUUGAGGCUACAAAAGAUCAGAUUCUGAAUCUGGAUCUCGUUGACUGGUUCUUCAGACAUUCUGUUCCAAUUGGUGACACAUCGGAUCAUCCGCUGGUGAACCCAUUUGGACCCAGGAGCGAAAGUCUCGAAGCUUUGGAGCUUGAUCCGAUGGUUGUGGUUUGCGGUGGAGAUGAUAUAUUGGUGGAUCGAGUUAGAGACUAUGUCGAGAAGUUAAAGAAAUUGGGGAAGAGGGUUGAGUAUGCAGAGCUUGAAGGAGAGGGGCAUGGGUUCUUCGUCAAUAACCUGGACUCGGAAGCUGUGAAGUCGGUGAUGGAAAUGAUGAAGAAACUUGUUAACGGCUAAUUUCGAGCUCCAAAUGAGUGUUGUUUUUUUAUUUUUUUAUUACUGUAAUGUUAAAAACAUUCUCAUCGUGGAACUUCUUGGAAGUAGGAAGAGCAAUUUUUUUCCUUUUAGUCUUUGGCUUUGUUGAUUGAUAUGGUGGUAAAUUGUUACCUAGAAUUUAUUGAAAAGGUGAUUUGCUCCAAAAUAGUUCUUGUAAUUUGGCUUGUUUUUUUUGGAUGGUGAAUCAGGGGAGGGGAGAUUCUAAAUUGUAGGGUUUGAUUAGUUUUGAAAUUUUAUCUUUCAAAUAUAUAUACUAGAUAAAUUGCUCCUGCUAUGUGGCGUUUAAGUUGUUAUAAAUAGUUAUCCCGAAGAUGGGAAUAAGCAACACUGUUAACA